AUGCGGCCAGGGCUACUCGGACUCUCUCCUGGGCUGCCGAAGCCGCGUCGGCACCUCCGGGCUGCCGGCGGAUGGCGGUUGCGGGUGCCCGCGACAUUGAACGUCUCCACCGCCAGCCUCAUCGCAGCCGGCCUCGUGCCCUAUGCCCUUUCCGUCGUUAAGACAUGA